UUAUCAAUGUCGAGAUUCUAAAAUUUUUAAUAGAGUAAUUUAAAUGCGUUUACAGCCAACAACACAUAACAUCUAAUGCCGUAAUUAGCUUUUUUACAAUAAUAGAGUGAAUCAACCUUCUUAUCGCCAAAAUUUUACUUAAUGCAGAGGUCAAACAUAAGAGAAAAAAGCAUCCGAACAGCCUCUUAAAUAAAUGAGUCAACCUCAAUCUAAUCUCACAGAGACGAAACCCAGUCCAUUAAUAAAGAUAGCUGAAAGAUCAUAAAAAACUUCACCUAAUAAUUUUGGAAAGAAAAAAAAUAAUCUUUAGUUAUAAAAGGUUGUAACAAGAAUGGAAAGAAAUAAUGAUGAUGGCGCAUCAAAUGGUAUUAAUAACAAGAUUUCACAUCAUCAAAAUAUGAUCCAGAAAAUGCGAUGCAAUAGAUAUUACAUAGAUGAUUUGAUUGCAGCAUUUUAGGAUGAAACUUUGAGUUUUUCAAGGUUAUUUCGAGAUAAUUUCGCAAAUUCCUUUAAUUUCAUACCAAUAAUAAAAAUGGAGCAAUUUUUAUAGGCUGAGGACAAGGAAAUACAAUAAAAAAAAAUAAAAUUAGAGCCCUACCCUCAAAAUCUGAAAUGUACAAUUUAUUUAUAGAUUGGUAUAGUUAAGAAGACAGUCAUUUUCGAUCUAGAUGAAACAUUGGUUCAUUGUAAUGAAGAAGACAACAUGUCCUCUUAAAUUGUAUUGCCCAUCACUUUCCCGACUGGAGAGAAAGUUAAUGCUGGGAUCAACAUUAGACCUUUUGCGGAGAAAAUGAUAAAAUUAUUAAGCGAUGUUUGUGAGGUGAUGAUUUUUACAGCCUCUCAUGAAUGUUAUGCUAACGAGGUAUAUAAUCUUCCUUUGAAAUUAGGUUAUUAAUUAUCUGGAUCCUUAAUCGAGAGUCAGAAGGAGAAUUUUCAGGGAUAGUUGUGUGACUGAUGAGAAUUCCAACUAUUAUAUUAAGAACCUGGAAGUUAUUGAUCGAGAUUUGAAGGAUAUAGUGAUAGUGGAUAACGCUUCAUAUAGUUUUGUGUAAGCUAUUAAUUAAUUUAAGUCAUCAUAUCGAUAAUGGCAUACCCAUCAUAUCGUUUUAUGAUGAUAAACAAGACAAUCAAUUAAUUAAGUUAUAUAGGUUUUUAAUAAAUAAGGUUUUGCCUGAAGACGACGUUCGACCUCUGUUGAAAGAAUAUUUCAAGUUAGAUCAAAUUGAUCAGUUCCAAACAAUAGUCGAAGCUGUCGAAAGGAUGUAUUGUAUCGAAUGAAGUCAAUGUGGA